AUGAAGAGAAUAAUUAAAAGAUUUAACGAUAACCCAUCUUCAACACAAUUCGAAAAUGAAACAAAUAAGGACAUAGACCCUGUAGAAAGAACUUUAGAGACAAAAUAUAGAGAGAAGGAAGGAAAUAUGGACAUAGAAAAUAUUGAUAUAAAAGAUGACGCAACAAACAAUUUUAAUUAUAUUAACAGAUAUUUAACAGCAAUUUUUGAUAUAGCAAAAAAUGAUGAUUCCUCUUCAUCAAAAGAAGACAACAUAAAAAAAGGUACUAAUGGAAUUAAUAAAUUUACGGAAGAAAUUUCACGUUUUAGCACAAAAAAUCAUAAUGUAGAUGAUGAAUGGGAAUUAGGUAAUACAUAUGAAUUUGAAACAGUGGAAAGUGGAAAUGUCCAAUAUGACAUUUCUUCUCUAAGUAGGACAUCAAAUGUAGAGUAUCACACUUCGCUAAAUAGGGAAGUAAAUCGUAUCAAUGUAGAUAAUUUAAAAUUAAAGAAAGCCCGUACAGAUAUAAUUGAUGAUAAAAAUUGUGAUAAUAUAUUUGCAAACAGGGAAGUAUUUAAUUAUUUUUAUUCAUUUAACGAAAAUGACCACCUAGAUGUAUGGCUUAAAAGGAAUGAAGACCUUUUUAACUUUCCCAAAAAAUAUAAUGCAGAAAAGGACAUAAAUGGAAAAGAGGGUACAUCAAGAGAAAAGUUUAACGACGAUGUUGUAAAGGAAAAGACCUCAACUGAACGGAGAAAUAAGUACACUCAGGAAAAUGCUCCGCAUUCUUCAAGCGGGAAAAAAUAUGCGGACAGUCUGCAUCAGAAAGAUAAUCAAGAGCAGCUACAGCUGCAGCAACAGCAACAUCAUCAACUAAUGCACCAGUAUGAGAAUAAUAUAAACCGAGGAAUGGAUUCAGCGAAGAACACAAAUAAAGGUAAAAGGAUUGAGAAGGAACAAAUUCACAAGACAUCGCAUGAUGAGUUAAGUAAAAAUCUAUUUCGUAUGCAUAAUUACCAAAGUGAGGAUGUACUUUAUAGCUACUUCAGUGAUAACGUUAGCAUAAGUGAUAAGCAACUAAAAGAAAGGUCAAAUGAAAAUAUAUUACAGGAUCAGUGGAAUGUAAUACAUAAUUAUUCUGGGAAAGGAUUUAACGAAUUUGCAAAGACGAAUAAUAACGAAUAUUACGAAGGAGGUGGAAAUGAUAAAAUUUACAGCACUUAUCAAAAAAGUAGAAGUGUCUAUCCGAAUUUUCCUUAUCUUAAGCAAAGCAGUUUUUUAAAAGAUCAUUUAACUGAGGCUUAUACAAACAUUUUGGAUAAUAGAAAAUAUAAUGUUCCUAUUAAAUUACAGAAUUUAGAAAUUGGUACAGAUGAUAAUCCAUUUUUUUCGGAACAUAUUAAGGAAAAUAUCAAAAACGAAGAAAUGAAAUUAAAUCAACCCCCUGAAAUGUGCCUUGAUAAUAAAAGGGUGGGCCCUUAUAAUUAUGAAGAUUAUAAUUUUAAGCAUAAUAUUUCUCAUUAUAACAAUAUAAAUGAAGAUAAGAACACUUUUUGUUCAGGUAUAAAUAAUGAAGUUCAGAAGGAAGUAGAAAAUGAUGGGUUAAACAAAUAUGAUAAUGUUAUGUUGAAUAGGAAAAACAACGUGAGUCAGGGAAAAACAGAAAUUACCAAUUUGUUUAAAAAAGAUGACACACAGAAAGAGUGGAGUAAUUUCAAUAAUAAGCAAGUCAUAUGUAGUGAUAUUGAAGGUUUAAGUAUGAAUAAUAAUUUAGUGAAAAAUUCGAUGAGGUAUGACAAUAUAGAAGUAAACCAAAAUUUAAGUAAAAAAAGUAAAGAUAACUAUUUGGAAAAAAUGAGAGAUUAUAUGUUACAUAACAAUGCCCUUUUUUCGAAAAAACCAUAUUUAGAAGAGAAUAAAAAAUGGGUAAAUGAGGUAGAUGAAAAUGAUCCACAAAAUAAUGUUAAUGAAGGAAGUUUCAGAAAUUCUGACAUGUGCCGAAGCUUAUUGUUGUCUUACUUGAGUAAGCAGGUGAACAGCAUCGGAGUUUAUGAACUGAAUAAUGAAGCUACAAAGAAUUUUAAUGGUGAAAAAGUUCGCGGUGGGAAUUUAGGGCAGUACCAAGGGGACGUUGGAGGGUCUUCAGGGAGCGGUGCCAUCAAGGGGAAAAUUAAUAAUAACGAUGAUAAUAAUGGGUGUGAUAAUAAUGGGUGUGAUAAUAAUGGGUAUGAUAAUAAUGGGUAUGAUAAUAAUGGGUGUGAUAAUAAUGGGUGUGAUAAUAAUGGGUGUGAUAAUAAUGGGUGUGAUAAUAAUGGGUGUGAUAAUAACUGGUGUGAUAAUAAUGGGUGUGAUAAUAACUGGUGUGAUAGUAAUGGUAGUAAUUAUAGUGGAAACCGUGCAUUUUUUCAAAAUGAUCAUAACGGUAUGCAUAGCUCAAGUGUUAAGGACACACACAAUAUGGAGAAAAUACGUGGUUGUAGUUACAAAGAGAACAAUUUUAACGAAAAAAUUCAAAAAUUAAACGAAAAGGAAAGAACAGUUUCUACGUUAUGGGAAAAUAACUCAACCAUAGAAGGAAAUUGUUUUAACAAUUAUCUUGACUCUUAUGCUAAUUCAAAUGAUAUUAAAAAGAAUAAAUGCAUACAAAAAGGAUCAUUCAGUGGAAUGAGUAAUCUUAUUAAUGAUAGUAGAAAUAACCAUGUACUAAAGGAGACGCUAAAAAAUAAGAUAAAGUUUUUACUGGAACAUGAAAGUGAUGACAUUUUGUUAAGUGAAUAUAUUAUAAAUACCAUAAAUGAUUAUAAUAAAAGCAAAUGCAACAUGGAUAGUACUACUAUAUAUGAUAAUAACUACAAAACGGAAGGACAUAUAUGUGAAGAUAUUAGAACCAAAAAUAAUAAUUACACAGAAAAAGACAAAAUAAUAGCUACCGAAGAAAAUAUUAAGAGAACAGAUGAUCAGAUGAACAAUCAAAUAGUGAAUAACAAUUCAGAUACAAUACUUCAUAAAUGGAGGAACAUGGAAUGUAAACAUACCUCUAAUACACUUUACAAUAAAGUAGAGGAUGAAUUGUAUGAUACUACUAAUUCCCAGAUCCAAAACACAGGUGAGGGUAGUAGUUCGACAGUUUUAAAUUUCAAUAAUAUAUUAUUACCUGAACAAAAUAGUUAUAACCAGCUUAAUAAAAACAUGAAUAUUAACUUGAAUGUUAGCGAUUUAAUAUCAUUGCUAAACGCAAGUUCUGCUAUAAAUGGAAGUGAUGUUAUUUGUUCUGGUAAGGACCUCACUAGUAGUAAGGACUCCAAGUAUUAUUUAAGUCGAUGUGACGAAUUUAGAAAAAGCUGCAAUUUCGAGGAGGGGUUCUCGGCCAGUUCCUCGAUGUUUGAAUCAAAAAGCGACCAUAAGAUUAGUGGUGCUGUUAGUAAGCUUGAUAUUAGGCUCGAUAGUAUGCACGACAGUAUGCACGACAGUAAGCACGACAGUAAGCAUUGUAACGGACCAACCUAUAGCACACACGAGGGGUCCGGCAGAGAAAAAGGGGUAGUGUGCAACUCCCCCUCAGAAUUCGCUACAAAGAUAGAAACUGUACAUCUUAAUAAUAAAAAAAGAGAGUUCAGUUACAAUAAUGAAAGAGGAGUGGUGCGUUAUGCUGCUAUCGGAAGGGAAAAUAAAGAUAAUGACAUUUUUGGAAAAAAGAAUAGCAUCUAUCAAUCGAACGAACAAAGAGAUUUCACAGUAAAUGAAUCACAAUAUGAAAAAGUAAAUAAUCUUGUACAUUUCAUAAGUAAAAAUAGUACGUUGGAUGGAAAUGAAAACUGUGCAGGGAAUACCAUUAAUAGUACUUUCCCAAAUAGUAAUAAUGUAAAUAGUAAUUCGAGUCAUAUAAUGAUACAGAAUCAUACAAAGGAUAGAAGCAUGUUCGAAUACACUAAGAAGGAAACAUAUUAUAAAGAUAAUACGCUCACAGAUGAUUACAUAAAGAAAAAGCAUAAAAGUGAAAAAUUGAUAAGUUCAUUCCCUGGUGAGACUAAUUCUUAUCUUAAAAGCAAAUGUGUUAAAAAUAACAAAUCCAAAUGGGAUAGUGGUAAUUUUGAAAAUGGCUAUUUUAAAAAAAAGGAGUCGACUUGGAAGGGGCUACGAAAUUUUAGUAAGACAGAGGAAACUAAUGGAAUGUGCAAAGAAUGGAGUAUGGGAAAGCAAGGGCAUAACAAGUAUGUUUCUAAAUCAAAAGAAAAGGAAUCUUCUCUUUGUUUUACAAGGAGCCACCAUUACGGUAGAGAUAGCGAUGCAAAUAACAGUUGCAAUGAAAGCAGUGGCGGUAAUGAAGGUAAUACCUGCAGUAGUAGUAGUGAUGGUAAUAGCGCUAGAAGUACUAGCAAAGGUAACCCUCUCUGGCGAAGGAACACCCACUGGGGGGGAAGGUUGUCCACCAAGGCGUGCCGCAAGGACAGGUACGUAGGGUUUAAGAAAGGUAGUGUUGAUAUUAAUAUAAAGCCAAAAUUAACGGGAAAAUAUACUAUGUCUUAUUUAAAAGAAAAUAAAAAAAAAAAAAAAAAAUGGGAAGAGAUAGAUGAAUUACCAUUUGAGGUGUUAAAAAAAUUGGUUACUGAAGAAGAAAACAAUUUAGAAAAAUUACUACAAUCGUUAUAUGAUGACAGAAUAUUACCAUUACUAAUUAAUAUAAAAGGAAGAGCAGAUGAAUAUCAUUUAACAGAUAUAUUAAAAAGCAAUAUAAAAAAUGCAUAUAGUUUAAAUACAGAAAAAUAUAUAAUAAAAAUGAAUAAGUCAGCUAACGAUUAUGUAAUAUAUUUUUCUAAUAAGAAAGAAAAAGAUGACUACUUCUUUUCUAUAAAUAAUUUGGUAGAUGUUUAUGAUACAUCUAUGUGGUCUGAAUUUGAAAAAUAUUUAAUCCAAAUAGCUAAUUCUGAGGAUCCUAAUUUAUAUACAUUUUCCGGGGGCAGAUAUGGGAUGGCAAAAGAAUUACAACGAAGAAAUUUACCAUUUUUUAAAGGGCUAUAUUUAGGUGAGUUAUGCCAAAUUGUUCAUAUAAGUACUAAUAAAAAAAUUAUAGCAUAUGAAAAUAAUUACUUAAAGCCUAUUUCUCAAUGUCAUAAAUAUACAAAUGCCAAAUUAGGUAUUGUAAAUACAAGUAGCAAAAAUUUGGAAAAUUAUAUUACAACUAUAGAUGAACUACGAUUUUAUUUGAGUAAAUUAUUGAAAUAUUAUAAAGGGGGAUUUAACAUUUCUACGCUGAAAAAAAAAUUAAAAAAUAGAUUCAACAAACAGCUAUGCGAGAGUGUUUUCCACUGUAUCAAAUUGAUAGAGGUCCUACAGUUAGAGCAGCUCAAGGAUGUGUGCAUCGUCGACACGCAAUCCAAGGUUGUGCGAAGCCCCAGCGAUGGUUAG